GUUGUCACAACGCGAACAUACAACGAGGCCAAUAGAGCGCACACACACACACACAUAUAUAUAGAUCGAUCAUCAUUUUAACCGAAACUGCAAAUCCGGCGCCAUGGCAGCUCGCAAAAGAGGUCCUUCUUCUACUACCUCUACACCUAGUUCAAAAAGCACUGAAUCUGACUCAAAAUCAGCUGAAUCAUCAUCAUCAUCCAAAAUCAGUGCAUCAAAGAUCAUAUUGUUUUCUUUGAUUAUAUUAGUUCCGUAUUUAUACUUGAUAUUUUAUCAUUAUGAAAUCGAAGGGGAGUUUAAGAGAUCGAUUGUUAUAAAUGGUGGAUUAAGUUUCGGAGGAUUUAUAGUAACCCUAAUUAUGAUUCCAGUAGCUUCUAGAUAUGUUAUUAGAAGGAAUCUUUAUGGUUUUGAUAUUAACAAGAAAGGCACUCCCCAAGGUCUCAUUAAAGUGCCCGAGUCGCUUGGUAUUGUUGUUGGGAUUGUUUUCUUGGUUGUGGCGAUACUAUUUCAGUAUUUCAAUUUCACAUCAGAUUCAAUGUGGCUUGUCGAGUAUAAUGCAGCUUUAGCAUCCGUGUGCUUUAUGAUUUUGCUUGGGUUUGUGGAUGAUGUCCUGGAUAUUCCUUGGCGAGUGAAACUAGUAUUGCCAUCAAUUGCUGCUCUCCCUCUUUUGAUGGCCUAUGCUGGCCAUACAACGAUUAUGAUACCAAAGCCCCUUGUUGAGUAUGUUGGAACGGAAAUUUUGGAUCUAGGAUGGAUCUAUAAGCUAUAUAUGGGGCUCUUGGCUGUCUUUUGCACAAACUCGAUCAACAUUCAUGCUGGCAUAAACGGUCUUGAAGUUGGACAGACUGUUGUUAUUGCAUUUGCAAUUUUGAUUCACAAUAUUAUGCAAAUUGGAGUGUCUCCCAAUCCUGAAACUAAACAGGCCCAUGCAUUUUCCAUAUACCUUGUCCAACCAUUGCUUGCAACUUCAUUGGCAUUGCUUUCUUUCAACUGGUACCCGUCUUCUGUUUUUGUUGGUGACACCUAUACAUACUUUGCUGGAAUGACGAUGGCAGUUGUUGGCAUUUUAGGCCACUAUAGUGAGACACUCUUAAUAUUCUUCCUUCCUCAAAUUAUAAAUUUCCUAUUGUCACUUCCUCAGCUUGCAGGUAUUAUCCCCUGUCCGCGCCAUCGGCUGCCAAGGUUCGACCCUCAGACAGGACUGCUAACCGGGACAAAGGAUGGGACACUUGUGAAUGUUUCCUUGAGAAUAUUUGGCCGGAUGUCUGAAAAGUCUCUAUGCAUUGUACUGUUGGUUCUCCAGGCCCUUGGUUGCUGCUUCUGUUUCUUCCUGAGGUGGAUUCUCACUGGAUGGUACAAAUGAGGCAUAGUAACUUAGAACAUGACCUUUUGAUCAAGAUAGUGUUGAUCAAAAACAGAGGUGUUGUAUCAUUUUACCAGAGUAGGGAACUUAGCAGCAAUCAAAGGCCAGAAUUGUUGAUUUUUGCAGCUACUUUAUACUAACAGCAGUCGAAGGCCAGAACUUAAUGGAUUGGGUGUUUGCUCAAUUAGUGGAGAACCCCGCUUGUACUUUGAUCAACUUUGUUUGCUAUAUAGUGUUUUUUCCCCUUCUAUAUAGUGUUAAGCAAGUCGAACAAAAUUUGCAACUUCCUAUGUUUUUACGUUUUACACCAUCAUUUAUUUGUUAUGCUUUGGAAAUCGGUUUUAA